AGACACAGAGGGAAAGGAGAGAGGACGAAACCCGAAGAACCAUACAAUGACAAGUCAGAAAACUCCUCCCCACCGAAGAUAUUCUGGUGUAUAAAAGGUAUACUAAGGCAUUCGGAAGACCCAGCACAGCGUUGUGAAUCGUGAAUACAGCGAAUCGUUUGGCUUAGAAGGAAAAUGAACACCAAGCCAGAGGUGAUUCGGAAGUGUGUGUGGCCUACGUGCCUCAUAGGCCUGUUCGUCACCGGCACCCUCUCUCUGAGCUGUGACUUGCUGCAUAUUCAUCUGCGUAGAAUCACCAGGCACAAUGUGAUGCUUCUGACCAAUAUAAGCAAAUCAUUUCCUCUGCGGUGCCUACGGGAAAACAGAGCUUUCAAGUUGCCCCGAGAGGUCCUAUUCCAUACCCAGCCUCUUCUGAAAAGAGACAUCCAGGGGGCCUUCUAUGAGAUGGCCAUGCUGACCUUCAGCAUCUUCACUCAACCCGCCUUCCUGUCCACAUGGGAAGAGGAACACCUGGAACAAAUCCAAACCGGACUUCACUGGCAGCUGCAGUACCUGGAACAAUGCUUGCAAGAAGAGCAGGGACGUGAAGAUGAGGAAGAGAUGGAGGAGGAUGAGAGGGGACACCCUGGACUUAGGACCCCCCGGCCCAGCAAGUUAGAACUGAGGAGGUAUUUCCACAGGAUAAGCACUUUCUUGCAGGACAAGCAGUACAGUCACUGCGCCUGGAAGAUCGUCCAACUGGAAGUCAAAAGAUGUUUCUACUACUUCCAGAAACUCAUAGAACUAACAAGCAGGAAAUAAGGUAGAUCUCUUUUUUUUUUUUUUUUUUUUUUUUUUAAACUAACAUUUUGUUUCUCUC